AUGCGUAUCACUCCCAGGGAGGAAGCGAAGCUCCUCCUUCAUCAGGCCGGCUCCCUUGCACAAAAGCGCCUCGCGCGUGGCUGCCAACUGAACCAGACCGAGGCGGUAGCCCUCAUCGCAUCCCAGCUCCAAGAGCGCAUCCGUGAUGGCAAGCAUUCUGUCGCAGAGCUCAUGCAGCAUGGCAAAACGUUGCUGGGAAGGCGGCACGUUCUCCCCGGCGUGCCGGCGCUGUUGCAUGAGAUCCAGGUAGAGGGGACGUUCCCCGACGGUGUCUUCCUCGUUACUGUGCACGACCCUAUCUGCACCGAAGACGGAGACUUGGACGCGGCGUUGUACGGAUCGUUCUUGCCCGUUCCUAGCCAGGGGGCCUUCCCCGUUACCAACGUCGCCGAAUACACGCGCGAGCGCGCCCCCGGCGCGAUCGUCGUCGCGGGCGGGAGGAUCCCUAUCAAUGUCGGCCGUGAGCGCGUCAAGCUUCGCGUCACCAACAAUGGAGACAGGCCAGUGCAGAUCGGCUCGCACUACCACUUCAUCGAAACCAACAAGGCUCUCAUAUUCGACCGCGGCAAGGCAUAUGGCAAGCGCCUCGACAUCGCUGCAGGGACCGCCGUCCGCUUUGAGCCCGGGGACACCAAGACCGUCACGCUCUGCGCGAUCGCAGGCGCGAAGCUCAUCACCGGUGGCAAUCGGCUCGCGACGGGCGUGUUCGACCCCGCGCGCACUGACCAGAUCGUCACCGCGCUUGUGCAGAAAGGUUUCGGGCACACGCCCGAGCCCGGCGCGCUCGAGGUCUCGGAGGACACGGACAUUGGGCGUGAGGCGUACGUCGCGAUGUUCGGCCCCACUGUCGGCGAUCGGGUCAAGCUUGGCGACACGGCGCUUUGGGUCGUCGUGGAGCGCGAUAUGGCGGUGUAUGGCGACGAAGUCAAGUUCGGCGGAGGUCUUCAGGAACUGACGAUUAAGACAGGUAAGAGUAUUCGCGAGGGCAUGGGUCAGGCGACAGGUAGAAGUGCCGGGGAAGCACUGGACCUUGUCAUCACCAACUGUCUCAUCAUCGAUUGGUCGGGCAUCUACAAGGCUGAUAUCGGAGUGAAACGCGGGAAGAUCAAGGCCCUUGGUAAAGCAGGCAACCCCGACGUCAUGUCGGGAGUCCACCCCGACCUCGUCAUCGGCUCAACGACAGAGGUAAUCGCCGGCGAGAAGCUCAUCGUCACCGCCGGGGCCAUCGACGCGCACGUGCAUUACAUCUGUCCGCAACAGGUUACCGAAGCCCUUGCCUCCGGAGUCACAACAAUGAUUGGAGGAGGAACAGGUCCGAGCUCGGGCACAAACGCUACAACCUGCACACCCAGCCCCUUCUACAUGGAGCACAUGUUCGCGGCCACCGAUAGCCUGCCAAUGAACUUCGCGUUCACGGGCAAGGGCAACGACAGCGAUCGUAAAGGGCUCGAGGAGAUCGUGAAGGCUGGCGCGGCCGGGCUCAAGCUGCACGAGGACUGGGGCACGACGCCUUCUUGCAUCGUCAGUGCGCUUGAUGUCGGCGAUAAGUACGACGUACAGGUCAACAUCCACACAGACACGCUUAAUGAAAGCGGCUUCGUUGAGAGUACCAUCGAGGCGUUUGGGGGGCGCACUAUUCAUACCUACCAUACGGAAGGAGCAGGCGGAGGACACGCUCCCGACAUCAUCGUCGUCUGCGGCCUCGACAACGUCCUGCCGUCCUCAACAAACCCGACGAGGCCGUACACCAGCAACACGCUCGACGAGCAUCUUGAUAUGCUCAUGGUCUGCCACCACCUCGACAAGUCCAUUCCUGAAGAUCUGGCGUUUGCAGAAUCUCGCAUCCGCGCGGAGACCGUGGCGGCCGAGGAUGUGCUUCACGAUACAGGCGCCAUCUCAAUGAUCAGCUCCGACUCCCAGGCGAUGGGUCGCGUCGGCGAGGUCAUCACCCGAACAUGGCGUACCGCGAGCAAGAUGCGCGAAUGUCGCGGACCGCUUGCCGCGCUCGGGGAUCGUGAUGACAACGACAACGGGCGUGUGAAGCGGUACAUCUCUAAAUACACGAUCAACCCCGCCAUCACUCACGGCAUAAGCCAUCUCGUCGGACAGAUCGCACCCGGGCGGCUCGCCGAUCUCGUGCUGUGGAAACCGGAGAACUUCGGCAGCAAGCCCGAAAUGGUCCUCAAGUCGGGCGUCAUCGCUUGGUCACAGAUGGGCGACGCCAACGCCUCGAUCCCGACCGUGCAGCCGUUCAUCGGGCGCCCAAUGUGGGGCGCGCACCCCGAGUCCGCCGCGCGCAACUCGGUCCACUUCGCGUCCGAGGUGUCGAUCUCGAGCGGGAACGUGCAGGCGUACGGGCUGAGGAAGAAGUUCCAGCCGGUGAUCAACUGCCGGAAGAUCUCGAAAAAGGACAUGAAGUGGAACGACCUGACGCCGAAGAUGACGGUCGACCCGGAGAGCUACGAGGUGCGCGCGGACGGGGUGCUCAUGGACAUUGAGCCCGCGGUGACGCUCCCGCUCGCACGAUACUACAACAUCUUCUGA